ACUCAUCCCAAUAUAAGACAACUCAUCCCAAGUUAGAAGACAACUCAUCCCAAGUUAGAAGACAACUCAUCCCACUAUAAAAGACAACUCAUCCCAACUUUAAACCAUGGGUUAGAAGACAACUCAUCCCAACAAAUAUAACUUAUAAGUGAUAUUUGUUUCAAUACAAUUGCUAUCUUUGAAGACCACUCAGACCAUAACCAAUCAGAAUUUGUUAUCUUAAUCAAAUUGAUAUUGUUGUUUUAAUCAAAUUGGUGAUUACUCUUUGUUUUAUUCAAAUUGAUAUUGUUGUUGUAAUAAAUUGAUGAUUACUGUUUGUAUUACUGUUUUAGUACUUUGUUGUUUUAACACAUUGGUAGAUGUGUUUGUUUUAUUCUUUCAUCAUGAAGCACUUCAAACAAAAUCAAUUAACAAAACAACGAUUAACUAAACUGAGUUGUAGUAUUUACCCCUAUUACAAACUAAUUAAAUUGGUGAAGCACAUCAAAGACAAAUAUCAUAAUGCUAAUUACAAUGGUUUGAGUAAGUGUCAAAGCUGGGGUAUUGUAUAAAAAUACUGAAAUCAAAUAUUUCUGUAUCAUUUUUCAAAAUGUCUGAUAGCUGUAUAGUUUGUGAGUCAGUAGUUCGCCCAAGACAGGAGGCUGUUCAGUGUGACGGGUGUGAACGAUGGCAGCAUAGGACAUGUAAUACUGAUAUAUCUAGAGCUCAGUACCGCAGGAUGGUUAAAGAAUUGACAAUGGUGGCCUUCAAAUGUAUUGAAUGUUCAGCACCUGAUGAAACCACGAGUUUUACUUCACCGAGGGCGGAGAGUACAAGACUGUCUUUACCUGUUGAUCAGACUACAUUCCAUUUAUCCGUUUGCCCUGAUGUCGAUAUGCCAGAAAAUAUCCAGGAAAAUUCAUUGACGGAUGAGUCCAUAGGCGACGAUUUAUCAACAACAGAAGCAAUAGUGACAUACAAGGUCGUGGAUAAUGGUACCGAACGAGGGAAAAGGAAGCUUGUGUCCAGUGACGGACACACCUUUACCAUGAAAAGGCAGAACAAGGGCAGUACUGAAUGGCGGUGUAGUAUUCGCAACAAAACAACCCUCUGUCCAGUUAUUAUAAAGGAACGAGCCGGGACGUACAACGCCAACACAGAGCACUCCCACGCCGCCAAACCAGGAAUAUUGACAGCAGUCAAGAUCCAGGCUGAGUUGAAAGUAAAGGCACCUAUGACACUCUUCGAGCCAGCACAAAAUAUUGUUGAUAAUAUCCUAGCUGAGCAUGUGGAUAACAGAGAACCAGAGGCAUCCAGACCCAUUUAUUCGAACCUGCUUCGAUAUUGUAAUCGGUUCCGACAAAAAGAGAGACCAGCUGAUCCAACAGAUCUUGAUUUUGAGAUCAAUGAAGAGUUUUUGGCAACAGCUAUUCCGGAGGUGUUUUUACAGAAAGACAUACACACAAAAGAUGGCCGACACCUACUUUUUGCCACAGAGAAGCAAAUUGAACUUCUUGGAAAAGCUAAGACAUGGUAUAUAGAUGGUACUUUUAGAAUAGUAAACAAACCAUUUUACCAGCUAUUGUCAAUCCAUAGUUUUUUAAAAUCUGGUGAAAGUAUCAAGCAAGUUCCCUUGGCGUUUGUACUGAUGUCAGGAAAGUCUAAAAGAGACUACAAGAAGGUAUUCAAGGCCAUCAUGGAUAUGACACCAUCAGCCCCUGCAGUGCAGGCUUUUGUUGCAGAUUUUGAGGCAGGGAUCUGGCAGGCUUUAAGGUCAGUUUUCGACAACCCAAGUAUACAUGACUGUGCGUUCCAUUGGGGUCAGGCGGUUUGGAGAAAGAUCCAAGAAAACGGACUUCAGACUGCUUACAGCCAGAAAGAUGCUGUAUAUAAGUUUUUUAGAAAAGUCAUCGAGGGAUGGCAUAAUCGAAUCAACCAAAAGGCCAGAAAAGGGAAUUUACAGUUUUAUCUACUGAUAUCGUUGUUGUAUAAAGAAGCAGCGCAGCUACCGACACAAAUGAAAAUGGUCUCAGAAGGAAAAUUAAGAAGACACCAGAAAAAACAAUCACGAACUACACAAAGCAAGUUAUUUCAACUUUGGAAUUUAUAUACCAGUCAGGAAAUAAGCACCAACCAGCUACUAAAAAGAUGUGGGGGGAUAUAUGGACCGAACUGAAGGACAGACUUACGUAAUAAAUGACUGACUGAACGACAAACUGACAGACUAAAUUACUAAAUGACUGGCCUAAUAAAAUGUAUUAGUUGAUAAUAUUGUUGAGGUUAUAAUAAAAUGUAUUAUUUAAUAAAUUGUUGAUGUAAUAAAUUCAUACAUAAAUGUAUUAUUUAAUAAAUUGUUGAUGUGAUAAAUUCAUACAUAAAUGUAUAAUUUAAUAAAUUGUCGAUGUAAUAAAUUCAUACAUAAAUGUAUAAUUUAAUAAAUUGUUGAUGUAAUAAAUUCAUAUAUUAGUGAUUAUUUGUGGUAUUUAUUUGUAACUUGGAAUGAGUCGGGUGUUUUAAAAGUUGGGAUGAAUUGUCUUUUGACUUGGGAUGAGUUGUCUUUUGACUUGGGAUGAGUUGUCUUUAAAAGUGGGAUGAGUUGUCUUUUAUUGGGAUGAGUUGUCUGGGAUGAGUUGUCUUUGGGAUGAGUUGUCAGGGAAUCAAAUAUAUCUAGCUAAAC